AUGGAUCCUAUCAUUCUGGAUAAUUAUUUCGGCAACUGUUUAGGAUUCAGGUUGGUGAAAAUCGAACAUAGACAGUUGGUGGGAGGAAAAGGAUUCGUGAUACUUGUUGAGGUUGUUGCCGAAGAUAUUAAAAAUAGGUUGAAUAACAAGCAUGAGGUUUUGAGAGGUGCCGAGAAUUGGAUUUCGAAUAUCCGAGAAUUGAAGGGAUCGAAGAGUAUGAGGGGACUUGGAGUGUCGGGUUCUCUGAAAUUCGACUUUUCGGAUGUCGAUUUUGGGUGGGGAAAGGCAAGAAAGUUGGAAGUGGUGUCGAUCGAUGGGGACCAUUAUUCAAUGUCGUUGAGUAAGUCGAGGGAUCCAAAUGGAGGAUUGGAGGUUGGAUAA